UGGAUAUAUAAAACAACUAAAAUAUCACUCGACUCGUUCCAUGUACUUCCAUAUGCUUUAUACCAAACAUUCGUGAAUAAAUGCUUAAAUAAGUCUAUUCAAGCCUGGGAUAAUUGGUCUUAUCGUUUAAGGGAUCUGUUGCGUCCACCGACAUGGCUAGCGGUCCUACAAAAGUUCUCAGCAGCGAUUCUACAGGCGGGGCUGUACUUAUGGUCAACGUUGGUGGAUCAAGCAAAUCAUUCGGGUACAGAGAAGGAGCGGAGAAGGACAUUGUCUGUCUCAAAGCUGUGUUUGUUGAAACACUGUGCUUCACUGUAAUAAAUGGGGAAAUGAAACGCGAUUUGUAUAUCGCUCAGUGGGACCAUCGUUUAAACGACGAAGGGGGUGAAAAGUCAGAAAUUCCUCUAAAGGAUUGUAGUUGUAUACUAUGUACGAUCGCCAGCUAUGAAUUUACUGGAUCAAAGUGCUUUGUGUUGGCAAUCGGUUCACAUGGUUACCUGGAAAAUGGACAGCUGAUGGUGAAGUUUCUGGAUGACACUGGACAGGAUAGUGUAUCUGUGAAUGCGAUGAUAGACGCCCUCAGUGACGAACACUGCCCAAACCUCAAGGGUAUCCCCAGGGUUGUGAUUAUACAGGCGUGCAGGGGUGUCCAGGAGGAUGAUGGAUUGGAAGUCAUGCAGAGUGAAACAACCGAUCAUGCAUCGGGAUCGGACACGAGCAACGUGGAUCCUAUGCGAGAGCCAAUGGACACUUCCGAACAGGCGCUUCAGGGAGCUGAAGGAAGGGCCGCAAUACCGGAAGUUGAGGUUAACUUGAAACUUCCGAAGAACUUUCUCGUCGUCUACACCACCACACCGGGUCGAGUGUCAAAAACAAACACAGUCGAUGGGUCAUGGUUUGAAAAUGCCUUAUGUGGUGAGGUAAAAAAACACGAUUUCAACAAAGAGCCGAGACUGAACUUUCUUCACUUGCUUACACGGGUAUUUGGCUCCGUUUCUGAGCGCGAGGCGAAAUCCACUGACCCGGCUUUGAAGGCGAAAAAGAAUGUCCCCUGUCUCAAACAUACACUGCUGGCACCUCUUGUUUUUACGAAGCCAUAAAACUUAUCCUCCGAUAUGCCAUUACCGAGUAAAUGGUUAUUAUGAAGGUUUCAAUUAAUAUAUUCAUGCUCAUAUUUAUGGCAGCUGCAAUAAGCAAAUAGAAGCACUCCACCACUUGUUUUCCGUCUCAGGGGAGAUUUAUCAAUAUAGCUUACUCAUUUUGGGGUCCCUAGACAUGUCAUAAGUAUGUGUCAUCAACGGUUAAAAGAGACAUGCAAAAUUGGCAAUACCGAAACAUACAUUACUUCCUUGUUCUUGAUCCCUAGUGCGUGGUCGUAACAAACAAGCAUAGACAAUCAUCUACUAUGACCCAUUUAUAAUCUGUGAUCACAGUCAGCAAAACUAUUUUGAAAUGCAUGUCUUACUCAUACGUUACGUGUCAAGGUCAUAUCAUGUAUAUAUCAGCUUAGUGAUUGUUAAAUUAUGGAAUGUCGAUUCUUAAUACAAAUCAAAUAUAUUCAGAAUAAAUCAUUUUAACAAUAUUUACGAAAAUCUAUGUAAAACAUAGGGUUAACAUGUUACUGCUUUACAUGUUUAACUUUUUAUAGACGAUGACAAAAUAAGAACACUAUUAUUGUUGUCAAGAACACUAGAAUCCAAAUCAGAACAACAUUCAUACUAAGUUCAAAUACAAACAAAUAGACAGUUAUUCAACUAACAUAUUUUUAUUUAAUCUCAAGACACCGAACA